GUGUUAAAACCUACAUUCGGUUACAAGUCGUUUACUUGACAAGUCCUGUCGAGGGAAAGUGCCUGAGGGUUUUGUCGAAUUCCACCCUCCCGUUUUGCUCCGUCCUUCUGUUCCGCAGCAAUUGGUCGAUUUCUUUUCUUUUUUCCCCCGUCAGUCCACAGGAUGAAAUGAGGUGAAGGAAGGAGAGAGAGAAGUAGAGGGGGAUGAAUAGCCGAAGGGAUGGGUGAAUAACGACGCAAGAAACAGCCACCCCCAGUUUUAGUGUGGACUGACUGACGGAAUAGUUGACUGAGAGAGGCUGAAACAAACCAGGGAGACAGACACACACUCUGGGGAUUGAGAGGAUCCGUGGGAAAUAGGAGCGUUUAGGAUUUGAUGAUUUGUGCAGAAGGAGCAUCACAGUUGUAAGGAUGCUGAUUGUAGGACUCCCAAUAAGGACAUGGUGUCCUCUGCUCUUCCUGGUGUUGGCUGUACAUUUCCCAGCCCCUGCCCAGGGUCAAGUUCCAGCUCCCAGAAGAUUACGUUUUAAAGUGCUGGGUACGAGCAAAUUACAUGUAUCUUGGAAAGAGCCGAAAGGGAAUGUCGACGGCUAUAGAGUUUUAUACCACAGUGAACCGGACAAAGAGAAAAAGGAGCUGCGCGUUUCGAAGGGGGAUAAUAAAGUGGUGAUACAGGACUUUGAUGCCAUGAAGGAGUACCACGUCAGGGUUCUAGCUGUGAGAGGGAACCAGCAAAGCAGAGCACUACAAGGGAAGUAUGCAGCUGAAGACCUGGAGGGUGAGGGAGCAGAGGGUGAGAGCACAUUGCCUCUGAGACUUGAUGACACCGGAGGGACUGAGGAGAUCAACGAGAUAUCUGGAGAUCCUUUUGUCUGUACGACUCAGGCCAUAGCUGACAUAGUGAUCCUGGUGGAUGGAUCCUGGAGCAUCGGCAGGCUCAACUUCCGCUUGGUCCGCAUGUUCCUGGAGAACCUGGUCAACGCUUUCAGCGUCGGGAUCGACCAGACCAGGAUAGGUCUGGCCCAGUACAGUGGGGACCCCAGGAUAGAGUGGCAUCUGAAUGCCUUCACCACUAAAGAUGCAGUCCUGGAUGCUGUGAAGAACCUGCCCUAUAAGGGAGGCAACACACUGACAGGCCUGGCCCUGACCUAUAUCCUGGAGAACAGCUUCAAGCCGGAGUCAGGCUCCAGGAGCGGCGUACCCAAAGUCGGUAUCCUAAUCACAGAUGGGAAGUCCCAGGAUGACGUGAUCCCGCCUGCCCAGAGCCUGAGGGACGCUGGCAUCGAACUCUUCGCCAUUGGUGUAAAGAAUGCUGAUGAGAAUGAGCUGAGGGCCAUAGCUUCUGAGCCUGACAACACUCAUGUGUACAACGUGGCAGACUUCAGCAUCAUGAGCUCUAUCGUAGAGGGACUGACCCAGAUAGUCUGUGAACGGGUAGAGGAGCAGGACAAGGAGAUCAAAGGAGAGUCUGCAGAACAGGAGACACAGGGAGCUCCUCAGGACCUAGUGACAUCAGAGGUGACAGCCAGGAGUUUCAGGGUGUCCUGGAGUCACGCUCCCGGCAGUGUAGAGAAGUACCGUGUGGUGUACUACCCUGCUACCCAGGGAGGACGGCCUGAAGAGGCUGUGGUGGACGGCACAGAGAACUCUGUGGUUCUGCGGUAUCUCAACUCCUUAACAGAGUACCAGUUAGCUGUGUUUGCUGUGUACACCAGCUCAGCUAGCGAGGCACUUCGUGGCAGCGAGACCACAUUGGCUCUCCCCAUGGUGAACGGCCUGGAGCUGUACGACGUUACCCACAACACCAUGCGGGCGCGGUGGAGCGGUGUGCAGGGCGUCUCGGGGUACAUGGUCCUAUACGCCCCCCUGACCAAGGACGGGGCCUCCGACGAGAAAGAGAUGAAGGUGUCAGAUGCAGUAACUGAUCUGGAGCUGGAGGACUUGACUCCUGCUACGGAGUACACUGUGACAGUCUAUGCCAUGUAUGGAGAAGAAGCUAGCGAUCCUAUGACUAGCCAGCAGACCACCUUACCACUGAGCCCUCCCAAGAACCUUGUGUUCUCUGAGGUGGACCACAACUCAGCCAAACUGUCGUGGGAAGCUGCCUCUAGGAAGGUGACAGGAUACCGCAUCAUGUACGUCAAGACUGACGGGCUAAAGACUGAUGAGGUGGAUGUGGGUCCAGUCACGUCCUGGACUCUGAAUGACCUGACGUCUGCAAGGGAGUAUGAGGUAGCCAUCUUUGGGAUCUACGACGAGGGCCAAUCAGAAGCCCUCUCUGGCAGCUUCACCACCGACCCUGUGCCAGGCCCUCUUGACCUCCAGGCCAGUGAGGUCACCGCAGAGAGCUUCCGGGUCAGCUGGGGUCACUCUGCUCCGGGCAUCGUCCUCUACAAACUGACCUGGGCUCCUUAUGAUGGAGGGGACACUAAGGAGAUGGUUCUAAGUGGUGAUGUGGACUCCUUCCUCCUCAGUGGACUGAGCCCUAACACAGAGUAUGAAGUGAUGCUCCAAGCCAUCUUCAAAGACCAAUCAGAGAGUGAUGCAGUGUUAGUGGUGGAGACAACACUUGCCAGGACAACAACGGUUGCCACUACAACGCCAGUGGUACGUCAGGCGGUGAGAGGCCUGCAGGUCCAGGAGGAGACCACCUACAGCCUGGAGGUGUCAUGGCAGCUGGAGGAUCCUAAGGUGGACCAGUACAGAGUCACCUACGUCAGCCUCACAGGAGACCGCAACGAGGAGUCAGUUCUGGUGCCUGGGCAGCAGACCACAGUCCUUCUCCAGCCUCUGCUGUCUGACACAGAGCACAAGGUGACGGUCACCCCAGUCUACACAGAUGGGCAGGAUGGCAUCAGUGUGUCUUCUGUGGGCAGAACAUUGCCCCUCUCAGCGCCUAGCAACCUGAGGGUGUCUGAGGAGUGGUUCAGCCGCUUCCGCAUCACCUGGGACACGCCUCCUUCUCCCACCUUGGGCUUCAGGGUAGUCUACCAACCCACAUCUGUGCCGGGGUCAGCUCUGGAGACCUUUGUGGGAACGCACGUCAACACCAUGCUGAUCCUGAACCUGCAGAGUGACACUGAGUACACUGUGAAGGUCAUCUCUUCCUACACAACGGGAUCCAGCCAACCACUCCAGGGCACCGCCAAGACAUUGUAUCUGGGCGUGACCAACCUGAACACCUACCAGGUGAUGAGGUCCAGUAUGUGUGUCCAGUGGCAGCCCCAUCGUCAGGCUGACCUCUACAGGGUGGUCAUCGAGUCUCUGCUCAAUGGCCAGAAACAGGAAGUGAGUGUUGGAGGCUCUGCUUCUAGACAGUGUUUCUAUGAUCUGACCCCUAACAGCCAGUAUAAGAUCAGCGUUUCCACCCAGCUACAGGACAUGGAGGGGCCCGCCGUCACCACCAUCACUACAACACUCCCCGUCCCCACCCAGCCACCGACACCACCACCCACGUCACCCCCCCUACCGACCAUACCGCCCGCCAAGGAAGUCUGUAAAGCAGCCAAAGCUGACCUGGUCUUCUUGGUGGACGGCUCUUGGAGCAUCGGAGACGACAACUUCCAGAAGAUUAUCCGCUUCCUGUACAGUACGAUGGGAGCUCUGGAUCUGAUUGGUCCUGACGGCACACAGGUUGCUAUAGCACAGUUCAGCGAUGAUGCCAGGACUGAGUUCAAGCUGAACUCAUACGCUAACAAGGAAACGCUGCUCGACGCCAUCAGGCGAAUCACAUACAAGGGAGGGAACACCAAGACAGGCCGGGCCAUUAAGCAUGUGAAGGAAUCUAUCUUCACCUCAGAGGGAGGAGUGAGGAGGGGGGUUCCUAAGGUUCUGGUGGUCCUCACCGAUGGCCGUUCCCAAGACGACGUCAACAAGGUCUCCAAGGAGAUGCAGAUGGAAGGCUACAUCAUCUUUGCCAUUGGCUUUGCUGAUGCGGACUACGGAGAGUUGGUGAACAUCGCCAGCAAACCCAGCGACAGACACGUCUUCUUUGUGGACGAUUUGGACGCUGUCAAAAAAAUUGAGGAGCAGCUGAUCACUUUUGUGUGUGAGGCUGCCACUGCCACUUGUCCAUCGGUUCUGAUGAGUGGCAACACUAUGGCAGGCUUCAGGAUGAUGGACAUGUUUGGCCUGGUAGAGAAGGAGUACAGUAACGUAGAGGGAGUGUCCCUGGAACCAGGCUCCUUCAACAGCUUCCCCUGCUACAGACUGCACAAAGACGCCCUGGUCUCACAACCCACCAAGUACCUCCACCCAGAAGGUCUGCCCUCUGACUACACCAUCACCUUCCUGUUCCGCCUGCUACCAGACACCCCCCAGGAGCCCUUUGCAUUGUGGGAGAUCCUCAACAAAGACAAUGAACCCCUGGUGGGGGUCAUCCUGGACAAUGGUGGGAAGACUCUGACGUUCUUCAACUACGACUACACGGGAGACUUCCAGACAGUCACUUUUGACGGGCCUGACAUCAAGAAGAUGUUCUAUGGCAGUUUCCACAAGCUCCACAUGGCGAUCAGUAAGACCACAGCCAGGGUGGUGGUUGACUGUAAGGUAGUGGGAGGAAAGCCCAUCAACGCGGCUGGCAACAUCAGUAUAGACGGGGUGGAGGUACUGGGACGCAUGGUACGAUCCAGAGGGAAGAGGGACAACUCAGCUCCGUUCCAGAUCCAGAUGUUUGACAUUAUCUGCAGCACGUCCUGGGCCAGUCGAGACAAGUGCUGUGAGCUCCCUGGACUGAGGCUGGAGGAGGACUGUCCUGCCAUGCCCCAUGCCUGUAGCUGUUCUCAGGACAGUAAAGGACCUCCCGGACCCACAGGACCUCCCGGAGGUGCUGGUAUCAGAGGGGCCAGGGGAGUUCGAGGGGAGCCAGGCAAUGUGGGGCCUCAAGGACUAGUUGGUGAUAAAGGUCCUCCUGGACCACAGGGCCCCCCUGGUCCUCAAGGGCCUAGUGGACAUUCCAUCCAGGGACCACCGGGUGGUGAUGGUGAAAAGGGAGAAAAAGGAGAUAUUGGUUUACCAGGACCUCAGGGUAUUAGUGGAUCUCCUGGCGGACCAGGAAGAGAUGGACCAGUUGGACAGAGGGGCCUGCCUGGGAAGGAUGGACCACAAGGACAGCAGGGUACUACAGGGCCCGUUGGCAGUCCUGGCCCCGGGGCCCCUGGUGGAAGUGGAUCUCCUGGACCCCUGGGAGACCAGGGACCACCUGGCUCUGCUGGUACCAAAGGAGACAAGGGUGAACGGGGAGUCCUGCAGUCUCAAGCUACCGUCAGGGCCUUAGCACGCCAAGUGUGUGAGCAACUGAUUCAGAGUCACCUGUCUCGCUACAGCUCCAUCCUGAACCAGAUCCCCAGCCAGUCAGUGUCUGUGAGGACGGUACCAGGACCUCCAGGAGAGCCCGGUCGCAGGGGUCUGCCAGGGCCACAGGGAGAGGGGGGCCCCACAGGCAGACCAGGGUUCCCUGGGACCAACGGACAGGAUGGACGACCGGGGGAGAGAGGUCUCCCAGGAGAGAAGGGGGAGAGGGGGAGUCAAGGUGUGGGGACACAGGGCCCCAGAGGUCCACCAGGGCCACCAGGUCUUCUAGGAGAGGGCCGUACAGGCAGCCAAGGUCCUGCCGGUAGACCAGGCAGCCAGGGCACCCCAGGGCGACCGGGCACCCCUGGAUCCACGGGCCCUGCUGGUGCUGCUGGCUACUGCGACCAGAACUCCUGUUUGGGCUACAACAUUGGAGUACAACUCCCCCACACCAACUACCAAAACUAUCACCCCACUGGCCGUUAUGACCCCCGUGGAAAUUACAACAACGAUGAUGAAGACGAUGAGGAAGAUGAGGAGGAAGAGGACCCAUUCGCUGGGUAUAGAGGCUACCCCCCUCAGUACUACCAGCCCAAUUACCCUCACCCCCCUGCACGCCCUGCACCCCAAUCCCACUCCCAGGACACUGAGCUAAGGUCCCCAGGGAUAAUGAUGAGCCGUUUCUCCAGAGACGUGGUCACACAGAGAAGAGCCACCGCUAACACAGCCCAGACAGGACAGACAGGGCAGACUGGACAGAGGAGCGAUGCUGCAGCAGAUACUGAAGGAGAGGUGGAGGUGAUUGGAGAAGUCCAGACAGGACAGACAGGACAGAGGAGCGAUGCUGCAGCAGAUACUGAAGGAGAGGUGGAGGUGAUUGGAGAAGUCCAGACAGGACAGAGGAGCGAUGCUGUAGCAGAUACUGAAGGAGAGGUGGAGGUGAUUGGAGAAGCCCAGACAGGACAGACAGUCCAACCACCUCUCUAUGUCCCUGUGGGUUAAUGUCAAAAAUAUGUUCGGUAUUCGUCAGUUGCCCCCGUGUCGCUAGCCAGGGUCUCCUGUAUGCUAUUCCUGUAUGAUAGCGCUGACAGAUUAGGAUAUCCGAAAAGUGCCUGAUUUCUGUAAAUGCUGGUGUGUGGGAUGUAGGGGGGACUGAUGUAGGGGGACUGAUGUAGGGGGACUGAGGAAGAGAAGCUAUCCCCAGUGAUGUACAUUAAAAUCACUUACCUUUUUAGUGAAGUUGCAUGCAGCCUUUGAGCCAGCGCAUUGUGAAUUACUGGACUGUGUCUUUGGGUUGAUGUGUAAUAAGUCAAACAUCUUUUUGUAAUUUGAGAUUAUGAAUUGAUGACAUUUGUACAGGCUGUCUGAUCUUUAUAACCAUGUGUCAUUUACAUUAUAGUGCUUCCAUGUUGACUUUACCCUCAAUCUUUAAGUUGUCAAGCCAGUUCUCACAAUGAUUUCUCAGUAUUUGUGUACAGUGGCCUCUCUUCUUGAUUUAAUAUGAUACAUUGUGACCUCUGUUGAAGCAGCCUUCCCCCCACUGUUAUUGUACGAUGAGGAAUUUGUUUUUUAAGUAUGCCUAAACAUUGAGGAACUAAACUUUAACCACUGUCCUAUCAAAGAAAACUACAGCUAUUGUAAGACUCUCACGCGUUCUGUCCAAUCGUACUGUUAUCGCAUUGUUAAUUGACAUGGACUUGGUCUUGUCCGACUAGGUGUUAGCUACGCUUACUCGUCACAGGCAACGACAGAGAAGGUGCUAGAAGGACUUGUGAUGAGCUCCACAAAUCUGAAGUUUAAUGUUUUCCUUAUUGCCUUUCCAAUUUGUUGUUGUUGUUGUUAUUAUUAUGAUGAUUAUGCAACGUGGCGCCCGUCCACUGUGAGGAGAGUGUUGAAUAUAGUUAGGCCUGUGGUCUAAUUUGUGUUUUUGGACAGAAAUGGAAUUCCGAAUGGAGAACUAACAGGUACCAGUGAAAUGUCUCAUCAGACCUGACCACCAAACCUUAGAAACUGAUUUAGGAAGUUAUUUAUUUAUACUUUAUUAUUUGUUUUAUAACCAAUAAAACUGUAAUACAACAGUGAA